UCCUCCUCCUCCCCCGGCCGCCGCCUUUUCCCCGCCGCCGCCGCCCGCAGCCCGGCGCUGCCCUGCGGAGCUCGGCGCGGCGGCGCCCCGCGGCCGGCCAUGGCCGUGCCAGCCGCCCUGCUCAGCCCCCACCACCACCUCCUCUCCUUCUGCUUCCCCGCCGGCGGCCUGCUGGGCUAUGCCGACCUGGAGAAGGGCUACGAGGGCGGAGGAGGAGGAGGAGGAGGUGGCGGCGGCGGCGGCGGCGGCGAGGCGGGGGACUUUAAGGAAGCCACCCGGGACCUGCUGAGCUUCAUCGACUCGGCCUCCAGCAACAUCAAGCUGGCGCUGGACAAGCCGGUGAAGUCGAAGAGGAAGGUGAACCACAGGAAAUACCUGCAGAAGCAGAUCAAGCGUUGCACCGGCAUCAUCGCCGCCGCCGCCCCGCCGCCCUCCUCCUCCUCCUCCUCCUCCUCCCCGGCCGCCGCCGCUUGCCCGGCCAAGCAGCCGCCGCCACCUCGCCGGGAAGCCUCGACGGCGGCCAGCAGCCUCCAGAGCAAGAGCCUGGCGGCCCUUUUCGGCUCCCUGCAGCCGGGAAGGGGCUCGGCGAGCGGCUGCGGGGCGGCGGGAGGAGGAGGAGGAGGAAGCAGCGGAGGGUCGGCGGCUGCGGGUGGCCCUCGGAAGGUGCCUCUGCGGGCCCGCAACCUGCCGCCCUCCUUCUUCACCGAGCCGGCUCUGCCGCCCCGCGGGCCUCCGCCGGCCUCCAAGGAGACGGAGAAAGGCGGUGGGGCGGAGGCAGCCGAGUUUUUUGAGCUGCUGGGCCCCGACUACGGAGCGCUGCUGCCUGAGCACGCCGCCCCGCAGGACGCCUUCCCCGCCGCCCGCCUGCCCGCCGAGCUGGGGCUGGAGCACGGCCUCUACGAGGCUCCGCUGCCUUCGCUGCCCGCCGCCCACCACCCGCUGUUGGGUGGGCUGCUGUAUCCCGAGCCGCCCUGGAGCCCGGCCGGGCCCUGCAGCCCCCCAAAAAAAUCUCCUCCCGAGGCGCUACGCCCGCUCUACUCCGGUGGAGCGGAGUCCGGCAGCGAGACCUUCGGCUCCUUCUUCCCUGAGUGCCCCUUGGCCCCGCCACAGGUGCCCUACGACUACAGCACCGGCUACCACCGGGCCACCUACUCCGGCCUGUAGGGCAAGGCUGGUGGGCUUGGCCCCCUGGGCCUCGAACACGGACCGUAACGCAGGGGGAAGGAGGGAGCGGGCGAGCCCACCUCCCAUGGGGUGGCUGAGUCCUGGGUGAGGGCUCAGGAUGGGACCCAGUGGAUGCUCACGGUGGUGAGGGAAGAGUUGGGUUCCACCACCUUGGAGUGGCUGGGGGCUGCGCUCACCCUGCCAGCCCCCUGAAAGCUGGCCACAGCUCCUGUUGGAAGAGCACUGGGAUCUGGGAUGUCUCAGUGCCUGGCAAGUCGCCUCCUCCUCCUGCAGCCUGGGAGAUGCUGCGGUGUGCCAAUAAAAACGUGAAAUACUCGAUUCCUUCAGGUGUUUUUAUAGUGCACAGUGACUACAGUGCGUUAGCGUUCAUUAGGGGUCAGGUUUUGUGUUACUGUAGGCAGACGCGACUUGAUUUACGUGUCCGGCGUGACAUUGCAAUGGGGUCUGCUCUCCUUGAAAGCAGCCAUGACCACUUGUAAUUGAUUUCAGUUUGGAAGUAAAACUCAGUCAACUCUUGUGGUGUGUUUAACGUCUUUCACAGCAGUGUGUGCAUCCUGAGUGCUGGCAGAUUUUCAGCUGAGGACACAAAAGGCGAGUAAAAAAAAUUCAAUGAAGCAAAAUUUGAAAACAAAUGCUGCUACCAAAUCUUAGGUGUCCUGAAAUUUAACGAUGUCUUGCAGGAUCUUGCAAACAGCAAUUUAAGUUAACAGACAGCAUAAGUUCUGGACAAAAAUGUACUGUAGCUGCUCCAGCUAUGUGAUUCCUACAGACUGUUGGAUUUCUUUCAGGAAUGUGUCAAAGCUCGGAAAGCAAUGUGGCUCAGUCUCAUUGUGUACAGGAGAUUAUUUGAUAAUUGUUUAAGUUAUGUAAAAGAGUUUAUGAUAGGUCCUAUAAAAAUAAAGCUACACAGUAGAUCUAAGACCUGUGGUUCUUACUGCUGUUGAAA